AUGGAUGUUGAUAGAUUAAGUGUAUUGCAUAGGGGUCCAUAUUUGGUUUAUGGGAGACCUUUAAUGCUAAAAGUUAUGCCACGUUAUUUUGACUUUGAUGAUAAGGACGUGAGCACUAUGCCGGUUUGGGUAAACCUACCGGGGUUGUCUUUAGAGUUUUGGAAUACGAAUACCUUGGGCAAAAUUGUGUCUAAGGUUGGAAAACCCAUCUCAACCGACAAGAUUAUGGCAACGAGAGGCCGACUUUCCUGUGCAAGAACUCUUGUCGAAAUUGAUGCUUCUAUUGAACUUGUGCGGGAGGUUAAGAUUAGGCUCCCAAAUGGCACGUUGAAGGAACAAGAAAUUGUUUAUGAACAUGAACCAAAAAUUUGUGGUUCUUGUAAAGUGUUCGGUCAUACUCCUCUUGGAUGCAACAUUAAACACGCGGGGGGAAGGGGGACAAAGGAUGGAAAUUCAGCCGCUACUUCACAGUCCCCUCCAACCGAGAUAGCAAACCGUGGGAAAGUUACUGGGCAGCAAUCUGGGGUUUUGGAUGAGCAACAAAGGCUGCAUCUUAACCAAAAUACAAAGCACUUAAUUGAUGACCAACAAGGCCAAAUUCUUGGCCAGGGUAAGGAACCGUUUGUUGAGGUUAUUAGCAAGAAAAAUCGAGCUGUUUCGGGGGGAAAUCUGCUCUUGAUGGGUACUCAAAAAUCUGGACCAAUUUCGUCAUCUUAUCCAAAUGAGGCAGAUUCAAGUAAUUUGAAAAAUGAAAAGCUCAAAGGCAAGGUCGAGGAGAAAAGGAAAUCGGGUUCGAAAGUUGACAAGAAGAAGGGUGCAUCCCUUGCUUCGACAUCAUGA